AUGGUCGCCAAAAAUUCAGGCACGCAUCUCCUCACAUCAGAAGAAAUCGUUGGGCCUCUCCCUGUCGCUGUCAGGGGGUCGCCUUGGCAUCUCCGCACUCCUCAUGAGAGGGCCACACCGGGUGCAGCUGCGAGGCGCAGGUCAGGGACCCGCGAUGCAAGACAGGGAAGGAGGGCUGUUCGCCCCGAGGUCACGCUGCUGCUGCUUGGGGACGAUGGAGAAAAAUGUCAUGUCCAUGCCCGCGGGCCCGACUAUUUCUUGGGACCUGUCCCCAGCUUGCACCGGGCUCUUGAGGUGCUGAGGGCACCCAACCGUCGCUCGACAGCCGCUGCAAUGAGGUCCUCGAACAAUCUCGUCACUGUGGCACUCGCUCUCGCGGGCGGUGUCAGGGCUAUAGAAUAUGAUUCCUUCGAUGGCCCUGGCUUUCCCACCUGCUACAAUGUCACGGCAGUGCAUAACGCCACGAGCGUGGACGAGAUGGUAUCCCUCGUCCAGGCCGCUGCUGCCUCAGGUACACAGGUUCGUGCAGGAGGCAAGGGGCAUAUGUGGUAUGACACACAAUGUGCCGACCUGCCAACUGAGAUCAUCCGAACAGAGUUUGUGAACAACAUCUCCGACUUCGACCUCCCAGAGGGCGCCGAAUCAGGCACCGUGGUCGUCGAGGGCGGUGUGACUUUCUUCGAGCUCGCCGACUACCUCCACGCACGUGGCGCCAACAUCGGUACCGGCCUUGUCAACUGGAACAUCUCCCUCGGCGGUAGCGUGGCCAUGGGCGCCCACCGAACAUCGCUGAGGGAGGACGCCGUGGUGGUGGGCGGCGUGUUGUCGAUAGACAUUAUUGAUGGCACCGGCAAGAUCAGGACCGUUGAGAGGGACGAGUCCAAUGACGAGUGGCUUGCGGCGUCGACCUCGUUGGGGCUUUUGGGCAUCAUCGCGAGGCUGAAGAUGAAGAUUUACCCCGAGACUGUGCUCUAUGCGAAUCAGAACACGCUCGAUGAGGCCGACGUCCUCAAUGGCGAUAUCGAAGCGCUGAUAGCACCCUACCUGACAGCAAAUCUCUGGAGAAAGUUUCACCAGAGAUACUACGAUGUCAUCGGCCCAAACGACACAAACCAAAACGGCCUCCAGUCCACCUUCUCCGUGACUGCAGUCGAAGCCGCCGCUGCCAUCUCCAUCCUGAACACCGGAAAGGCCCUCGCGACAUCUAACAUGCUUGCCGAGGAAAUCUUUUUUGGUAUCUGGGAGAAGCCUAACUUCCACACGAAGGACACCAAUGAGGAGAUCACAACCUGGCCCGUGACAGGCUAUAAUUAUGACGUCCUUAUUGGCGGCCUAUAUCCGGAUCAGAAGGCAGAGUGGGACUACGACCUCCGUGGCUACACGUUGGAGUUGGCAUUCCCCGUUACCCUUGCCAACAAGAUGCUGAAGAGGGUGAGGGAGCUGUUCGACGCGCAGUGGAACGAGAAGUUGAUUGUUAUGACUGCGACGUAUCGAAGCGGCAUCAACAUCAAGUUCGGCAAGCCGCAUUUCGACCUUCUCGGACAGGUGACCACCGGCACUUCAGAUGGGGCCGACUGGAGCAGGGGGGCUAUCAUGUUCGACUUCCCCUCGUUCAGGCCGAACAUCGGUGACCACCUGCGUUUCAACGAGCCAUUUUAUCACAAUCUGUCGCAGACACUCAUCAACGAGUUCCCCUGCAGGCCUCACUGGACAAAGAACACCAGGGAGGUUCUUACACAGGCCGUCAAGAACCUGGACCAAGACCACAUUGCAAGAUUCAAGGCCGUGAGAGAGGAUUUUGACCCGAACGGAAUCUUCAGGAGCGUUGUCGGAGAGAUCAUUGGCGUCUCCGAGUCUCAUCGCAUCAUCAAGGUCCUCGACCACCACAAUCCACCACCUAUAUCCCCCAACAUGAAGCCACCCACAAGGCUCGCCAGCCAGGCGAUCCCGCGGCUCUUCGUCUGCAGCCGAUCCAGCUAUGUAGCAGCCCGCCCCAUCGCCAGCAGGGCCCUCCACUCCUCAUCCGCCGACCCAGCCAACGUUGCCCCCUUCUGCGCGACCGGCCCUCCACCGGAGCCCCCACAGCCGGCCGCAGAACACCCCUACGCCAAGGUCGAGAGGAGGAGGAAGCAGGCCGAGCUGCUCAAGAACGCAAAGGAGAUCCGGGACGCCAGCAGCGGCAAGAACUCCGGGAAGUCGCCGCUGAAGAAGCGCUUCUGGCAGGACGUCCACGUCAAAGAGGUCGAUGGCGCCUACCAAAUCUACCUCGACUCACGGCCCCUGCGCCACCCAACGACCAAGGCCAUCGUCAACGUGCCGCUCUCGAAACCGUACCUGGCGCACGCCCUCGCGCUGGAGUGGGACCUUCUCACCUCAGCCCAGCAGGCGACCAAGAACCACCUGAUCCCGCUGACGUCGCUCGUGUGCCGCGCGCUGGACAUCGCUGAGGAUGAUGCCAAACACGCGGGCUCACCGUCAUCGUCAUCGGGCGGCUUCGCCCCGAUCCGUACCGCCGUGGCCGACACCCUCCUGCGCUACCUCGACACCGACUCGCUGCUGUGUUGGGCGCCGCCGGCCGAGCCCCUCUCACCGGAAGAGACGCCCCUGCGGGAGCUGCAGGAGCGCACGGCCGGCGAGGUCAUUGGGUACUUGAGCACGCACGUCUGGCCCGGCGUGGAGAUCGAGCCCGUGCUAGAUGAGGGGCUGCUAAUGCCCAGACAGCAGAAGCCUGGCGUGAGGGAGGUCAUCCAGGGAUGGGUGAUGGGCCUGGAAGCCUGGGACCUGGCUGGGUUGGAGAGGGCGGCUCUCGCCGGCAAGAGCUUGUUGGGCGCGGCAAGGCUGGUGGUAGAGUGGAGCGAAGGUAGUGCCGGGCGUGCUGUGAGGGAUGUAUCUGGGACAAGUAAGAGUAGUAAGAGGACGUUUGGCAUCGAGGAGGCGGCCAAGGCGGCCAGCCUAGAGGUGGAUUGGCAGACGGGCAAGUGGGGAGAGGUUGAGGAUACCCAUGAUGUGGAGAAGGAGGAUCUGCGUAGGCAGCUGGGAAGUACAGUGCUCCUAGUCUCAGGAAAGGGGGCAUGGUAA